AUGCCGGGUGUGGAUGUCAUUGGCAAGACCAGCAUUCAUCACCCAUUCCUAGCUGUUACAAGAAGAUUCGAUGUGGAAAUGAGGUUCCUGUGGCAUGAGGUGAUCCUUUUCCUGAGGAGAUUUGCAUGCCAAGUGUGCCUCUGGACUGCAAAGGGGAUCAGCAAACUGCAUGAAGUCUUUGUACAAAAUAACAUGCACUUGACUGGUGUCAGACCAGAGGAACUGGGAACGAAGGACUUCAUAAAAAGGCAAUAUCUCAAAGGCUGUGACCUCCUACAGGCAAUUAAAGGUGGGAUCUCAGGAAAUUCCCCUAGUGCUAUGAUGAGGAGUGGAGGCAUGCUAAUUGUCAUGCCAGGUGGGGAGAAGGUGCUGUUUAAUUUUGUCCAGGUUUCUCUGGGUGACCAUGUUCCGUUGAAUACCAUCCUCCAGAUUCUGGACACUUCAGUCCAGGUUGAUCUCAAAGAGGAGAAAGUGCCAUAG